UCAAGUUGUUCAUUUCCUAUACCUUGAAAGUAGAACUUCUGUUUAGAAACAGCUUUGUGUCUAACCCAACUCAUUCUUCAGAGAUGAAAAGGAUUCCCAUCCCUCACUUUCUUUUAACCAUCCCCUUGAUUUGUGAUUGCUUUGGCAGUAGGUGCUGCUAUUCAAAAACCUCAACAAAACAGCAGGCAGCAGAGCACCCCACCCCCGUUUGUUUUGCAGGCGUAUCUCAGAAGCAGCAAUGAAAACAUUUCCCCCUAUCCCCUCUGCUUCUGGUAUCUUCUCAUAAGGCAGGGUGGGCAACCUGUGACCCUUGGUCUCUCAUUUCAUGCAGGACUGAAACCCAGACACCCAGACCGUGCAAGAAAUGGCUGAAGGGGAAAUCACGACAUUCACAGCUCUGACAGAGAAGUUUGAUCUCCCGAUGGGGAAUUACAAGAAGCCCAAACUCCUUUACUGCAGCAACGGAGGCCAUUUCUUGAGGAUACUUCCUGAUGGCAAAGUAGAUGGCACAAUGGAUCGAAAUGACCAACACAUUCAACUGCUGCUAAGUGCGGAAAAUUUGGGUGAGGUGUACAUAAAGAGCACAGAGUCUGGGCACUACUUGGCCAUGGAUGCCAAUGGCCGUUUAUAUGGCUCGCAGUUGCCAACGGAAGAGUGUUUGUUCCUGGAGAGAAUGGAAGAAAACCAUUACAAUACCUACACAUCAAAGAUGCACGCAGAUAAAAACUGGUUUGUCGGCUUGAAGAAGAAUGGGAAAAGCAAACUGGGACCGCGGACUCAUUAUGGCCAAAAGGCAAUCCUCUUCCUCCCCCUGCCAGUUUCACCCGAUUAGAUAGUUUCCCCACGUAGCAAAAUAUGUUCCUUAGAACAAAGCAGCCAGGAGACUUUUCCCUUUCCUUUCCUUCGAUUCUCCCUCCUGCUGGGGAACAUGACAAAGAUGUGGGAGAUGGGGAAAAUGCAAAGCAAUUCCAUAAAACAUGCAUGUAUACAAGCAGAGUGCACAGGCAUCUCAGACGCACUGCCUCCAAAAUGAACCAGGUCACUUAAUAGUCAUACAACAGAACGUACCUUGGUGUUCAGCUUCUACGGUCAUGUAUGUAGCAAAGCUCCCCUUUUUCUGAAACCCGCAUUUAAACCAUAUGAUCUAACUUCCAAACAGCUUUUUCAUAAUCCUUGUGUAUCACAUGGAAUCAUAACCAACAAUGCUGAAGCUAUCCUAUUAUUUAAAACAAAUUUAACUGUGUGCUUAUAGUACCAGGAUCCUUGCUUCUUAAAAAGUAACAUUGCUCUGGUUCUUGGUAAUAUUUCUGUAAUAUAUAUUUAUUUAUUAAUAAGACUGUAUACAAUCUACAUUAUUAGGCCAUUUUAACUGUAGACAAUCAAUAUUGUGUAUAUUACAUAAGACCAGUGCUUUUUUUCCUGGUGGGGACGCAGGGGUACGCAUACCCCUAAACAUUUUGUGAAUCUAAGUUUGGCCUCGUUGAGGGGCAGCAUUUCUAUAUGAGCAGGAAAAUGAAAGUACCCCUAAACAUUUUUUUAAAGAAAAAAAGCACUGCAUAAGACAAGAUCUUAAAUACUUUGGCAAGGAAAAUGAGCAAACACAGAAGAAAUAUAAAAACACAGUGGAGCACUUAUAUACAAAUGUAACUCCAGUUGGAAGCAAUGAAAGUUUAACCAUGAGCCAAAAUCCUGCUGAUUUCAAUGUGGCAUUAAAGAUGUGGUCUGCACUGUGCUGAUGGUGACACUUAGCCCCACCCCUCAAGACCAGCACAGUCUGUUGAGCCCCAGAAAACCCCAGGCAAACCAGAGAUCUGGAGCUGGCAAGGCCCACAGGCCAUGUGAUAAAGGCCAGCACUGCUUAUGGGUAGGUGCAGCCAUCAUAAGAGCCCCCAGUUAGGACGAGUGUUGCAGCUGGGCUUGGUGCUCCAGGCUGAUGGGGCUUUAUUCCACCAGUCACUGUUACAUGAUCAGCUAUGUCAGAACCAAUGAACAACGUGGUUGCCUGAUGUUUUUGAGGAGUGGUGGGGGCAAGGAGCUCUGGUAGAAAGCAGAUUUCCCUAGGGAACAGACUUAGAGAAGUGUGACAGGAAUUCAUUGUUCAUCUGUAGUCAUAUUUUGCCACAUAUUUCUUAUUUCAUUUACUUGCCACAGACAUAAAAACAACCAGCUUAACUGUAUACAAUGACUGUGUGGUUAAAUAACUGAAUUUCCAAUGACCUUCGAAGAGAACUUGCACUUUUCUCUAUCCUUGCAAGAUACAUGGAACCUUGUUGUAAUUUGCAGGUCAUAUCCCAGGUUUCGCGAGCUCUUUAAAUUCCAUUGAUUUCCACGAUUUUGAAGGAGGGUGGGCCUGUUUGCAUGCCAUUACUCUAGAAUCUAGAUCAUUAUAGGGGCUGCAGAGAUGCUGCAUUCAAUGUUGACUAAACACACAAAAGUGGGAGCUAAAUAAUGCACUUUGGCCCUGACCUAACCCCCCCCCCUUCCCAGCUACAUGCAUUCAGCAUCAUUUCUCAAAAGAGCCUAUUUAUCUGCCUACAAUACAGGCAUAAGCUCUAUGCUGAAGGAGAGGACAAGACUAAUAAACAUAACAUCUGAAUGUAACAUCUGCACAUUCUAGAGUGGUUUGGGGAUACAAUUGCAAAUUGACCAGUUGCAAAAUGACAGAUGAAUCACUUUCUUCCCUAGGUUAUUAGUACUGCAAUCUGUAUUAUUUUACUGAAUUUCAAAAGCUGCUUGAUCAGCCAUAUAUUUGGCAUGCCACAGUUUUUAGUUCCAAGGGAGGUAAACUAUGCUAUCUUGCUGUUCUUAUUUCUGGAUUUCCCAGUGUGUUUUCCACAGCAGCAAAGCAUGCAGAUUAACUUCUGAUUAAACAUUCUGCCUUUCCUGA